GCUGAAUCUGGGUACUUAUUAACCGAUAAAUCAAGCUGCUAAGGAAUGGGAGAAUUAAUUUCUUCCCCUUCCUCGCCCUAGUCAAUCUCUCCAUCAUGUCGUCCCGACUUCUUCAUCCGGAUGAGUACGAGUUAGAUGCUCGGUCUUCUAUUGACUCGCAGGGAACAUUCAAUCUUGACGAAGCGGAUUUUGAGUCACAAUCUAUCCCCAGACCGCGACGACUGUUACAUAAAGUGCCUCUGCUAUCACGCUUUUUCACUUCGCCUUACUCCGGGUACCGUCGCCUGAAGCCUUCCAGACCCCGACUUCUCCUCUCCGGAUGGAAGCGGCCAAACUGCUACCGACGCCUACUGUUACGACGCGCAUGCCUCUAUCUCCAUGCUAUCGGUGGCAUUAUCCUCGCCCUUGUAGUCCUGACAUCUAUUUUCCGACCUUCAUAUACCCGACCACCAGCACACUACCGCACGCUUCAAGACAGCAUCUCCAAAUCCACAACAUCGGGUCGAGGCAACCCCCGUAACGAGAAGAUAUUCAUCGCUGCGAGCUUGUAUGACCGUAGUGGAGAUCUUGCUGGUGGACAAUGGGGUGAGAGGGUUCUCCAAUUAGUCGACUUGCUUGGAGAAGAGAAUGUAUAUCUGAGUAUCUAUGAAAAUGAUAGCGGAACCGCUGGCGCUGGCGCUUUAGUGGAGCUGGAGGCGAAAGUCAAGUGUAACAAGUCGAUUGUGUUCGAGGACCAACUGGAUUUGAAUACCCUGCAGGUCGUGACUGUCCCUGGCGGAUCGAAACGAAUUAAACGCAUUGAGUACUUGGCUGAGGUCCGGAACCGAGCCCUACGACCAUUAGACGACCAUCCUGAGAUGCGAUUCGACAAGUUGCUUUACCUUAACGACGUUAUAUUUAAUCCUAUUGAUGCUGUUCAACUUUUGUUCUCCACUAACGUGGACGAGAAUGGAAUUGCUCGGUAUCGCGCGGCCUGUGCGGUCGAUUUCAUCAACCCAUUCAAAUUCUACGAUACCUAUGCUACCCGCGAUUUGCAGGGCUACGGUAUGGGCCUGCCCUUUUUCCCCUGGUUCUCCAAUUCUGGUCAGGGCCAGAGUCGGAAGGAUGUUCUAUCUGGGACGGAUGCUGUGCGGGUUCGCAGUUGCUGGGGUGGAAUGGUUGCCUUCGAUGCUCGAUUCUUCCAACUUCCGACAUCAGGGCCCGCAGAACAGCACCCUGCCCGCUUCCGUGCAUCACAGGAUACGUUCUGGGAAGCCUCGGAGUGCUGUCUCAUCCAUGCAGAUAUCCAACCGGCUGCGUUCAAUGUCGAGGAGAUCACAGAUUCGGGGAUCUAUAUGAACCCAUUCAUCCGCGUUGCUUACGACAGCCGCACUCUUUCCUGGUUGGGAACUACUCGUCGAUUUGAGAAGCUCUACUCUUUUAUUCACAAUCUGGGGAACCAUUUGGUUGGCCUGCCUUGGUUCAAUCCCCGUCGAACCGAAGUCCCCGGUCAGACCGUUACUGAGAACGUUUGGGUUCCGAACGAAAAUGAAUCCGAAGGUGGCUCUUUCCAAGAUAUUGAACGAGUGGCUGCGAACGAUGGCUUCUGUGGCCGUCGAGGUCUGCAGGUGAUUGUCGAGCAUCGUCAAGAGGGGCAGAAGGGCUGGGAAAGUAUCCCUAUACCCUCCUAAGCUGUGGCAGAAUACGAGUUCUGCGCAGUAUUAUGUAUUAUCAGUUCACAUUCUUGUCUUAUACUCACUCCACCAAGGAAUAUAUACCGCAAAUAUGCCUUUUGGGCAACAUAUUAUCUCACCUCUGGCUAUAUUCACAACCCUGGCAGGCCCAGCAGAUUUUAGCAGCAAUUCCCGCAGCCCAUGUCUGCCUUUCUAUUUUACAUUGAACAAAACACCUGGUGAAUAUGCACCAAUACUUAUUCUUAAUCUUUGUGUUUCUAGGGUAAAAACAUGGGGUAGCACUUCUCACUAAUUAAUUUACAAGUCUGCCUAUACUC